UACAUAUUUCGAUAGAUUUCGCAAAUUAACAUCCACAAAUUGGCGACACACAAUGUGUAUUACACAUCCCUCGUCAGAAAAUUUAAGAAAUAUUGAAGCUUUCAAAAAAGCUGAGAUUGCUAUUGAAUAUCUAUUCCGACGUUAUGUUGAUUUUUUUGGCCAUGUCCCUUGGCCUAUGGUUGUCAAUCCCGAUUAAGGUUUUUAUUAUAGAUCAAUGUUAUCUAUAACAUUAAAAUUCUAAUUCCUGAAAAUAGGAUUGGCACACCGAAACCCACUUUUGGGCGGUUUUGGAUGUGGUCGUGGACCCCAUCUUUGAACUUCCGUUAGAAAAUUAGAUGAGUUAGAUAAUUAGAAAUUAGAUGGUGGAAACAGUAUUCUACAUCAAGCAUAUUCGAUAGUUGAUAACUGAACGAAAUGCAUACGGCGUUUCAAUUGGUCGUAUUAUAAAUGGAAAAUAAUUUAAAAAAGGGUGAAAAAAAUUUGUUGCAAUUAAUUAAAUUGAUUACUACUCAUGUUUACAUAUUACAUGAAUGUACAAAUAUAUCAUGAGUACAUGCAUUGAUGCUCCUCGGACGUUUAUCAUUCUGGUGAUGAAUAUACUACACUGUCAAAAAUCUGGUAGAAUCACACAUGUACAUAUAUAUGUAUGUAAAUUUGUAGAUAUAUACUCCGUAUUGGUAUUGAUUUCGUAAUAAUUUAACUUCCUAACGAAUUUUGGUAGUAGCUUAUUUCAGAGUGGUAAAUUUUUCAUUACGGUAAACGGUAAUGUACGUUCUUCCCUUUGACCGUACCGGUAGAGUCAUACAUAGAUAUUUGUGCCCCGGUCAGUAAUAAUUUAACACAAAUUUUCUAAGUAUAUGUGUACGUAUGCAUACAUGUAUGCAUACGUACACAUAUCAUUGUACAAUGAUGCAGUAUGCAUAAUAAUGAUAUAUGUAAGUACAGUACAUAUGCAUAUCUACAAACAAGGAACAACUAUUUAUUCACAAUUUAUGAAUCAUAAAUAGUGCCACAUGCAAGAUUUUAAUUGAUACAUCCUUUCCAGAAAUAAUCCUGGAGACAGGUGGAUUUCUCUCAAGAAAAUUAGUUUGUACCACCUGGCUCAACCUACACCUAAAUGAAACAGAUACAAUUAUGGUAGAUAUACACAUGUACACAUGUAGAUAUUAACAAACUAAAUUAGAAACAAAUAAGGAUAGUUAUUCAAUUUCAAUCCAAUGUCUACACAAGUAAGUAGGUGUCCAAGCUCUUGGAAAAUUAAUUAAAUUACAAGCCAAUAAAUUUAACUAACAUUCCAACAACACCAUGAUUUAAGAUGAUGGCCAGUAUUGAAUACAUAGGACAAGGUUAAUGUCACAUGCAAAAAUUCAUUUAACUAUGUAUGUACAUGGUAGAAAAAUACGUAAUCUUCAGGUUGCAAAAGCAAACAUUGAUUAUCUUUUGUUUCUUUAAUUAGUCAUCAUACUAGGGUGUUAUAAAUUAUAACUUAUAAUUAGUCCUUCCUAACGUUAUAAACAGUAACGCAAUUUUUGCUUUCUGUAUUUUUCACUGUGCAUAUGGAAAAAGUAGCACAUAUGUACAAUUUUAACAAAAACUGAAUCAUUAUUUAAUAACCGAAUUAUCAUUUUGAAGUUUAUUGUUUAAUUACCGAUUCGGUAUCUAAGCCUAUACCCAUUGGUUCUAAACUGUGAGACGACACCUAAACAAAAUGGUAUUUUCUAUAAAUAAUAAAGUGAGCCAACCUGAGAAGAUGAAAUCUAACCUGGAACAAGAAACUGAACAAGGAAUAUUCCGACGAAUUUUAAUCGAAUGGAGAAACAUUUCAAUUUUGCUCUUUCUUUACACAUUGCAAGGCGUCCCUGGAGGUCUAGCCGGGUCAAUUCCUCUUCUUCUCCAAGCCCGUGGCUCAAAUUACUCGGACCAAGCCAUUUUCUCGUUAGUGACCUGGCCCUUCAAUUUGAAAUUAUUAUGGGCCCCACUGGUGGAUGGCAUAUAUUGGAAACGUAUGGGAAGAAGGAAGUCGUGGCUCGUACCGGUUCAAUAUCUUAUUGGUGUCACGUUAUUAUUCCUAUCCUUCCAUGUGGACUCGUUAAUCGACUCCCUGGAGAUAAUGGUCUUAACGGCUUUAAUGUUUUUUCUCAAUCUCCUCAUUGCAACGCAAGAUGUCGUCGUCGAUGGUUGGGCGCUGACUCUGCUUAAAAGAGAAAAUGUGGGCCUCGCAACAACAUGCAAUGCUGUCGGGCUGAAAAUUGGGAGAUUCAUUGGAUAUGGACUCUUCAUAAAUUUGGCGUCUCCUGAUUUUUCAAAUAAAUAUCUACGCACCGUCCCAAAAAGCGAUGUAGGAGUGGUCACUUUAUCCGGUUUUAUGUUCGCGUGGUCAAUUAUUUACUUUGUUUGUACGACACUCACCUUCUUCUGCAAGAAAGAGAAGGAUGCAGAUCCAGAGAUUGAACAUGCUGAAGUAGACGAGGACAAAGGGAAUAAAAUAAUUGUUAGUUACCUUCGAUUAUGGCGUAUCAUCAAACUGCCUGCUGUACAAAAGUGUCUCAUCUUCUGCUUAACAUGCAAUUUGGCCUUUGCUGCGUCUGUCCUUGAUGACUUGAAACAGGUAGAGGCCGGAUUGUCGAAGGAGAUUUUGGCACAGCUCUCCGUUCCGUUGGUGCCACUUGGACUUCUGAUCACUGUACUGAUAACAAAGUGGACGUCGGGACUGCGGCCAAUGAGUCUAUUUAGAAAUACUUAUGGUCUCACGUUACUCUCGGCAGGUAUUUUGGCGGCCAUGGUGCCGGUAACUAGUUUUUUAAGCAACAAUGGCACAUUUCCAUGGUGGUAUUUUUCUUUGCUGCUCGGGAUCAACAUAUUCGCUGCGAUUUGCUUCACAUGUACGGGUCUCGCUCAGGUUGCAUUUAUCACGAAAAUCAGCGAUCCGUCGUAUGGCGCAACUUACGCUACAUUAUUCAAUACCGGAAUAAAUGUGGGGGCCAUCGGGUCAGCCACGCUUUCUCUUUGGUUGGCUGAUCCCCUCACGGUGAAGUCUUGCAGCUCUGACGGGUUGUGUUCCACCGUGUUUGAUGGCUACUAUGUUGAGACGAUCGCUUGUAUGAUUAUUGGUGUUGGCUGGUUUUACUUCUGGGGAAAUAAUGUGAUUACAGAGUUACAAGAGAAGCCGGAAUCUGCAUGGAAAUUAGGGACAGUACGGGAUGAGUGUCGGGUUGUAUGAUAAAAAUAAUAGUUUCGAAGAAUUUUAUUUAAUACUUUCAAGACUCAUCCUUAUAACAUUCGUGAUUAAUUAAUUUGUAUGAUCCCCUGAAUGUGUGAAAAACUAAGGUAUUGAAUGUUUCGGUGUGUGCCUUCUGGGAUAUAAAAGUGGUUGGGGGUACUUUUUCUCAGCUCUACAGUAUUGGUUUAUAAUUAGUCUAUAAUAACCUUCAAAAAAUAAAAAUAAAAACCCGUCCAACACGA